ACUUCUCCAGUUGGAAGUUGCGCGUCUCUCAACUCCCUUCUCCGCCUUCCUCCGGUACACCACAAGCGAAAGAAAAAUCCUCUGCUAGAGCUUUUCCGGUCUUCUAGUGCCUAAUUUCCUCCUCCAAGGUACCUCUGUCGUUCUGCCGAGCAAGAGGAGGAUACGAACCAGCGACAGACUGUCCACGCACGGGUUCGCUGCUGUGGAAACGCCAGUGGAGUUGGAGCUCCUAUAACCAUCUAACACCGAGGACUUAACACCGACUCACCGAUUAUAUGCAUCGUGUUGGCGGCGCGGUGUACGCUGAAUGGUUGAAGUUGACCGCUAUGCUUCUUCUGCAGAUGGGACAGCGCCGAGCUCUCCCGUCCACGCGCUGUCUGACCGGGGGUCUCCGGAAGCCCCGAGAGCGACGGUGGUAGCUAUCCUAUCCAACUCCGCGGCCGCUCCGUGGCACGCACACCCUCCUCCGCCGCCGUUACGCGUGCUUACAUAACGUGUGUUUUGGGUCGAACGGAAUUCUCCAAAGAAAGGGAGGGGAUCAACAGCCUGCCUGCAUCAACCGGUGGCGUCUACCGGGACUGGAACCGAGAAAGGGCCCCGUAGGAGGUUGUGAUGAGAACUGGAGCCCGAUGUUGGUGUUCUGCCAGAAACAUCUGGAAAUGAUAACCGAGAGAAUCACUCCCACCAACACACCCACCCUCUCUUCCUCCUCCUCUCCCAGGACUGGGAAAUAAUCCACACCACAUCUCCAGGAGACGUGUUCAGGAGGCUUUUACGUUGAAUGGUCGCUGAAGGAGCACCGUGUGUUUCACUAUCUCUUUUUAAGGGCAGUCGGGAGGGAGUUUCAGUGCCAUUGUUUUGAAAUGCAAUCACAGCUUGGGUGUGAUUGUCUCCUUUCCACAAUCAUACAAAGCAACAUGUUUUGGGAUUGGUGACAUGGACUCGUAUAUUUUAAGCUCUUAAAUUACAACAUCAACAAAAACAAUAGGCCUACUCCCCGGGAUCCUUUGCCGUUCCGCGGUGUGGUUAUGCAGUGAUGUGCGCCGCGCGGUUUAACGGGAGCAUCAAUGGAUUUGCGGAAGAGGCGAGCCCCGGCGGUGGCAACAGCACCAGCGCGCGGGCUCCGGUAUCACGGCUGGUCGACUGGAACGAAGCCUGGCCCCGUGUCCUGCACGCGCUGGAGGUGGGCACGGUGAUGACGGUGUUCUACCAGAAGUCCCAGAGACCAGAGCGUAGGACUUUCCAGAUCCGGCAGGACACGCGCCAAAUGAUGUGGAGCCGCAACCCGGACAAAGUGGAAGGAGAGAUCGAGCUGCGGGAGGUGAGGGAGCUGCGCAGGGGAAAGGGCUCCCGGGACUUUGAGCGUUACCCUGAGGAGUCCCGGCGGCUGGAGGCCUCCCACUGCUUCAUCGUCCUGUACGGCUCCGAGUUCCGCCUCAAGACCCUCAGCGUGGCCGCGUUCAGCGAGGAGGAGGUGACCAUGUGGAUGAGUGGUCUGAGCUGGUUGGUCAGCGACACCCAAAAAGCUCCCCUACCCCAGCUGAUUGACAGGUGGCUUAGGAAACAGUUUGACGCCAUAGACCGGAGCAACGAGGGCAGUAUUACGGUGAAGGACGUGAAGACUCUGUUGCCUCAGAUCAACUUCAGAGUGCCCAGCAUGCGCUUCCUGAAGGACAAGCUGCAGGAAGUGGAGGCCAGGAGCGAUCUCUCAUACCCAAACUUUUCACAGCUCUACAGGACCCUGAUGUUUGACGCACAAAGAAGCAUCAUAGAACAGCUGGAUCUGUCCUUCCCCCUGCGAAAUGUUGACCGUCCUGAACUCUGUCAGAUCUCUCUCUACGACUUCCAGAAGUUUCUCCAACUUGACCAGAAGGAGUCGUGGGCGUCUGAUUUGGGCCGUGUCCGUGAGGUUCUACUGGCUUACCUGUUGGGUUCAGCCCAGUCCGAACCCAUGUUACAACUGGACGAGUUUCUGACGUUCCUGUUCUCUAAAGAAAACUCUGUGUUCGACCCCCGACCGUCUCCCGUUGCCCCGGACGACAUGAAGCGACCUUUGUCUCAGUAUUGGAUCUCCUCCUCACACAAUACGUACCUGACUGGGGACCAGUUCUCCAGCGAGUCCUCGUUGGAGGCGUACGCUCGCUGCCUGAGGAUGGGCUGUCGCUGCAUCGAACUGGACUGCUGGGACGGACCCGACGACCUGCCCAUCAUCUACCACGGCCACACGCUCACCUCCAAGAUCAAGUUCCUGGACGUUCUCCACACCAUCAAAGACCACGCCUUCGUCACCUCCGAGUACCCUGUGAUCCUGUCGAUCGAGGACCACUGCAGCGUGGUGCAGCAGAGGAACAUGGCCACCCACUUCAAGAAGGUGUUCGGAGACCUUCUGCUCACCAAGCCGGUGGAGACCGGCGCUGACGAGCUGCCCUCGCCCUACCAGCUGCGCAGGAAGAUCCUGAUCAAGCACAAGAAGCUGGAGGAGGGAACGAUGUACGAGGAGGUGACCUCGGCCAGCUACUCGGAGAACGACAUCAGCAACUCCCUGAAGAACGGCAUCCUCUACCUGCAGGAUCCCAUCGAUCAUGCUUGGACACCCCACUACUUUGUUCUGACAAGUAACAAGAUCUACUACUCUGAGGAGACGUCUCACUACCAGACGUCUGAGGAAGAGGAGGAUGAAGAUGGGAAAGAGGAGUGCAACAACAACGACCAGCCUGGGGUUGAGCGCUGGUUCCACGGGAAGCUGGGUGGCGGUCGCGACGGCCGCCAGGUGGCCGAGAAGCUCCUGCAGGAGUACUGUGAGGGCGGGGCCAAGGACGGCACCUUCCUGGUCCGGGAGAGCGAGACGUUCGUAGGAGACUACACCCUUUCCUUCUGGCGUUCUGGGCGUGUCCAGCACUGUCGGAUCCACUCCCGCCAGGAGUCUGGCUCCACCCGCUUCUACCUGACGGACAACCUGGUGUUCGCCAGCCUGCAGCGCCUCAUCUCCCACUACCGCCACACGCCGCUGCGCUGCAACGAGUUUGAGAUGGCGCUCUGCAGCCCUGUGCCCCAGCCCAACGCACACGAGAGCAGAGAGUGGUUCCAUUCCAACCUGAGUCGGGUCCAGGCUGAACACAUGCUGAUGAGGGUCCCCCGGGACGGAGCCUUCCUGGUGAGGAAACGCAGCGAGGUGCACUCCUACGCCAUCUCCUUCAGGGCGGAGGGGAAGAUCAAGCACUGUCGGAUCCACCAGGAGGGCCGCCUCUUCAUGCUGGGCAGCUCGGCUGAGUUCGAGAGCCUGGUGGACCUGGUGCGCUACUACGAGAAGCACCCGCUGUACCGCAAGAUGAGGCUGCGCUACCCCAUCAACGAGGACGCCCUGGACCGCAUGGGCACCACGGAACUGGACUACGGGGCUCUGUAUGAGGUCCGGACGCCUCACUUCUAUGUGGAGGCCAACAAAAUGCCCAUGGCUCGGUGCACGGUCAAGGCGCUGUACGACUACCGCGCUCAGAGGGAAGACGAGCUUUGUUUCCCCAAGCAGGCCCUCAUCCUCAACGUGGACAAGCAGGAGGGGGGCUGGUGGCGAGGGGACUACGGAGGGAAGAAACAGCUCUGGUUUCCCGCUAACUACGUGGAGGAAGUUCCAAGUUCCCCCACUAGGGAGCCCGAUGAGGCAGCCUCAGAGAACAGUCCCCUGGGAACGUUUCUCAAAGGUUUCGUGGAUGUUCCCAGCUGCCACGCUGUGGUGCUGAAGGACGGUAAGAGCUCCAGGCCCUUCGUCUUCACCCUGCACACCCAGCAGCUCUCCUCGCGGCCGGUGCAGACGCUGGACGUGGCGGCCGACUCCCUGGAGGACCUGACCGCCUGGGUGGCCAAGAUACGGGAGGCCGCGCAGAACGCCGACGCCCGGAUGCAGGAGGAGAAGCAGAUGGAGCGCAGGAAGAAGAUAGCGGUGGAGCUGUCUGACCUGGUGGUCUACUGCAGACCUGUACCCUUCAACGAGGAGAAGAUCGGGACGGAGCGGGCGUGCUACCGGGACAUGUCGUCGUUCCCGGAGACCAAGGCGGAGCGUCUGGCCACGCGGAGCCGCGGCCGGCGCUUCCUGCAGUACAACCGGCGGCAGCUGUCCCGCGUCUACCCCCGCGGCCAGCGGUUGGACUCUUCCAACUACGACCCACUGGCCAUGUGGCUAUGUGGCUCGCAGCUGGUCGCUCUCAACUUCCAGACCCCUGACAAGCCAAUGCAGAUGAACCAAGCGUUGUUCAUGCUGGGAGGGGGGAGUGGCUUUGUCCCGCACCCUGACGUCAUGAGAGACGACUCCUUCGACCCCUUUGAUAAGGAAACCCUGCGCUUGGAGCCAAUCACCAUUCAGUUGCAGGUACUCGGGGCUCGCCAUCUGCCUAAAACGGGCCGCAGCAUUGUCUGUCCCUUCGUUGAGGUGGAGAUCAGUGGUGCAGACUACGACAGCUGCAAGAGCAAGACAGAUGUUGUCGCGGAUAACGGGCUGAACCCGGCGUGGCUCCAGACGCCGUUUGUCUUCGACGUCCGGAACCCAUCCUUCUGCUUCCUGCGCUUCACUGUCUACGACGAGGACAUGUUCAGCGACCCCAACUUCCUGGCUCAGGCCACCUACCCCGUCCGCUCCCUACGCACCGGCUAUCGGAGCGUUCCUCUGAAGAACAGCUACAGCGAGGAGCUAGAGCUGGCCUCACUCCUCGUCCACAUUGAAAUAGUCAAUGCUAAGGAGGAGGACGACCAGAACCUCUACACCUCCAUCCAGCGGCUACGUGACCUCACCAGCCAGCUGUCCAAUCAGGUGUCCACGCUGGAGCGCUCGGGUUCCGGGGACCAGAGCUACCAGCAGAGCCUGGAAGAGCUCCGGGAUGCCCAGGUCCAGCUGAGUGAACUGGUGGAGGCUAGGAACCACAGGUUGAUGGAGAAGAAGAGGAGAGAGAGGCUGAGGCCACAGUUGGCCACGAAGCGCAGUUAGGGUUUCCUUCCACUAGAGGGCGUUGACUCCUCUGUGACCGCCGCUGACCUCUGCUGUGUGCUGCUGCUGCAACUUAACUCAACAAAUGGAAAACUGGAAGAAACAUUGCUCUCUUUACAAAGUAAUAUAUUCACAAAAGUUGCAUUCAAAAGGAACACUUUUAGAUAUAUCUCAUGGCCAAAAGAAAAAUGUUUUGUCCGGAACCGGGAACGUGGAUAUAAGUAGACACUUUGCGUGAUGCAAAAGCAGAAGAAGAACAAUUAUGUAUGUGCCUUCAUGUGGAUUUUGGAAAUAUCAUGCUCUCGACACAAAUGUCACUAUGAAGGGGUCAAAUUGACUCCCGGAAGAGCUGAAAAACCCAAAUUCUGAACUUUCCUUCUGACUCUUCAAACUGCACCUUGAGCUAAAGACUUUGGAAGAGCAAUCCAUAUUUGGCUUGGCCAGAAUUUAAAAUAAAAACUUGUUUGAGUUGCUCACAAAAUGGGUUACACAAAGGACUUUAGAAACAGUGAGACGGAAGUCUAUUCCUCAUAAUGAAGACCAUGUCUUCUAUUGGCUGAGCCAACAGGAAGUCCCGCCUCCCAGAUGGCUUUUGCUUCCUGUUUUACCUGGGAGAACUCUAACUGGAUGAAUUGUACUUUGAGCUCAGCUCCAAACCUUCGCUGGAAGGUGGUUUACCUUAAGAACCUCUAUGUAAAUCAAAUAAACUAAAUGUACUCAAUAUACUAACUAUACUUCCUUUGUUGGCGAGGAGCACCUUGAGAGUAAGAAGUCUGACUCACACUGGCCUAGUUUGACCCAGAAUCCUCUAUUGAUCUCUUAUAAUGGCGGAAGUCAUCAGGAAUCUUAAAGACGGAAUCUCACACCCUUAUAUAAAGUAUUUCCUAGAAAAACUGGAUAUUAGGGUUGGGACAAAAACACAUGGUGUUUCUAUCGGUAAAAGUUCUCAUCCUCAUCAUCCUCAUCGUCAUCCGCUUAUCCGGGGUCGGGUCGCAGGGGGAGCAGCUCAAGCAGGGGGCCCCAGACUUCCCUUUCCCGGGCCACAUUGACCAGCUCUGACGGGGGGAUCCCGAGGCGUUCCCAGGCCAGUGUUGAGAUAUAAUCUCUCCACCUAGUCCUGGGUCUUCCCCGAGGUCUCCUCCCCACUGGACGUGCCUGAAACACCUCCCAAGGAAGGCGCCCAGUGGGCAUCCUUACCAGAUGCCCGAACCACCUCAGCUGACUCCUUUCUAAGUAAAGGAGCAGCGGCUCUAAUCCGAGUUCCUCACGGAUGGCUGAGCUUCUCACCCUAUCCCUAAGGGAGACGCCAGCCACCCUUCUGAGAAAACUCAUCUCGGCCGCUUGUACCCGCGAUCUCGUCCUUUCGGUCAUCACCCAGCCCUCAUGACCAUAGGUGAGGAUAGGAACGAAGAUCGGUAAAAGUUCUGUUGAAUAAUAUUAAAACCCUUCCAAUUCGUACAUUUAUGCAGUGCAGACUUUUUCGGAUCCUUUUACUAACGCACUACGCCAAAAAAAAAAACGACGUAGGGGUCUCUGUUAAACUAGUCCAGUACAAACCAGAGUAUCUUUCUGUCUGUCUCGCCCACUCUGUUUCUCUGUCUCUCUCCUUCUCUGUCUCUCUCUUUCUGUCUCUCUCUCUCUCUCUCUGUCUCUCUCCUUCUCUGUCUCUCUCUCUGGCUCUCUCUGUCUCUCUCUCCCUGAGGAUGUGACCGGGGGGGGGGGGCUCAGGUGUGUCGAUGUCGUUUGCAAACGCUCAAACACACACACAAGGGCUAUUGCAGAAGCUUACCAAGCAUGCCACAUCACUUUGAACAACAUAUGAGUUGCCAAUGUAACCCAAGCAGUUUAUGUUGAGGUUCAUGGAUCCACGCCUCCUCAGCUUGGAUCAGGCCUUGCACAGACUUUCACACAGGCACAAACCCUCACACAUAUGCACACGCACGCACGCACACACACACCUCAUGCUGCUUACAUUUUUGCUCACACAUCCUGGAGAUAGUUUUCAUAGACAAAAUGUAUGUAUUGUUCUUCCAUACGAACACACACACACGGCUUGUAUGGAAUGCUACAUUUUAGUUGCCCCCUGUUUUGAGCUCCUGUCUAUUCCAUCUCUGUGUAAACAGUCUUUAUUUAUAAAGUUUUUAUUCAUAACACUAUAAAGUUCUUGGCAUUAGCAACAUACUAAAUAAAAUGAUAAAAAAAAAAAAAUGAAUGUACUAUAUGGCCCAGACAUUGUGAAGUAUUUCCUUGGAAUGAAUGUUACGCAUCAACCUUAAUAUUUUUUUCCCUAGACUCCUGUGUGUGUGUGUGUGUGUGUGUGUGUGUGUGUGUGUGUGUGUGUGUGUGUGUGUGUGUGUGUGUGUGUGUGUGUGUGUGUGUGUGUGUGUGUGUGUGUGCUCGUGUGGUGACCCCUACCCACGCUGGAUCCUUCACAGCUCUGUAUGAGCCUCCGAGCUCUCUGGCGAACAUCUAGCCCAAAAUCCUCUUUGGAUAUACACUAAUGGUCCAGUAUUAUGACUAAUAUUAAUUAGUCCUUAUUCUGCGUUCACACACAUUUCCUGAGAGUUUGCACAUAAUAAAUCGCCUUUGUGUCUUUCACGGUUAAAUAAUAAUGAAAAUUAUUUUUGUUUGUGGGGUGUUCUUUUUGGUUGUCUUAAAGUAUAGUUUCUAAACCACUUUAAAU